AUGCUUCGCCUUCUGCGUGAGUUGCUUGAACUACUGGUUCGUUCUCUUAUUUCGCGUCUCGACGCUUUUCAACGACCCUCCAGUAUGGCUUCUCGUCUUGGUCGGCCGGCUAAAAUGGGGGUAAAAAGUUGCUUUAGACUUGAGGAAAGUUCUUCAUCACAUGGCUUCACAACAACACUUGCAGACAUCGAGCUGGUUGAGCGGGCGGUUACACUGUUAUCUAAUGCUGGCAUCUUGGCUCACGGAACAUCAGGACCCACUGGGUCCAGUCUACCGCUGGUUUCUCUAAGAUCCCUGGCUGGUGCCAAGGGUAGCUCUUGUUCCUCAUCCAUCUCGGCGCCAGCGACCUCAGAUUCUGUCUCACCAUCCACAUUAAGCGCACGGUCUAGCGUCACAUUGUCAUCCGGCCCUAAUUCAAGGUUGUCCAGUGCCCGCAGCCAACCGAAAGAGAGAAGUUGGGCAAAGUUGGAAAUGGAGGCUAUACAGACCGAAGAGGAAGAGGCGAGAAGUCCAAUGAUGAAGGAAACGGGUGAACAGGAGAAAGGCGAUUGUGAGGAACUGGAAAAGUCUAGUCGUGUAUCAAGUGGCCAGAUAAAGGACUCUGGAAUAGUGAAGAAGUCGGUGAGACUUUUGUUGCAUUAA